AUGGAGUUGAGCCGAGGACAUGGUCGAUACGGCUCUCUCCUCCCUCAUCCUGCUCCAUGGCAAUUCUCGGGGGCGAGCCACUUCGAACGAAGCGCCUUGGCACCGCCCGCCUCACACUGUCAGCGCGCCGCUGCAGCCGCGGCAAGCACUUGCGCAGCCAUGCGCAGCUCGCUGGUCCUCGCCAUCCUCGCCGCCGGCGCGGCGGCGGGCGACGCCGCGGCGGCCCAGGCCAACCCCGUCCGCAAGGUCGUCCAGAUGCUCCAGGCCAUGCAGAAGAAGGCUGCGAUCGCGGAGGCGUCUGGGAUCCGGGAGAAAGAGAACGCCGCAUACGUCGCCGCGAAGGAUGAGUUCGUCGCCAACAUCAACGCGAUCGUGAAGGCCACCGUGGCGCUGGAGAAGGCCGCCCGUGAGCACCGUGUAACGGGAGAGAGGCUCCGGUGCGGCACCAGAGACGGAUGGGUGUCCACGCCCGCUGCGCUCAUGUGCAUAGGAAUAGCACGGCUCGGCGAGUCGUUGCCUCCACGCACGCCCUCGCGUGCCCACGAUCCGUACAGGAUGUUCGACAAUUCAUCGAUUUUGCUGGUUGAAGCUUGUGGGCGAAAUGAGGAGGAGCUUCUGAUGAGGGAGAUCGAAGAUUACGAGUGCACGCCCGUGGAGACCGUCAGCAAAACUGAUGCGUGCUCCGUGAUGGCCGUCAUCUGCCCCAAACUGUUCCCAUUCAAGCAUGGCGAAGCCACGGCGUUUAACGACGACGCUGGAGCGUACUUGCGAGGCGCUGGCUACCCACAAGCUUGGGACCGUCGCUCCUCGAGGACCGACUUCUACACCCAAUGGCGUGACUACGAUGACUUGGUCGCCAGGCUCCAAGAUGUCGUGGACGCUGCGCCUGGCGUGGCCGUGCUGGAGGAUCUCGAGCCAGCGACCCACGAGGGCCGUAGCAUCAAAGCAGUACGCAUCCGUGGUUCUGCGUGGACUGCCGGAGCACCAAGGAUCGUUAUCAAUUGCCUGCUGCACGCCCGCGAGUGGAUGGCGUCGAUGGUUGGGACGUACUUGGCGGAGUACAGCGUAGACAGGCAGCGGAACGAUCCAAGCUGGUUGGCUGGGAUGGAGCUCGUCAUCGUGCCCAUCUCGAAUCCCGACGGACUCGUUUUUUCUCAAACUUCCAAUGCGAUGUGGCGGAAGAACAGAGCUACGAACGCAGGAUAUUCGUGUAAAGGUGUUGACCUCAACCGCAACUGGGCUAAGGAUUGGAGCGGUGUUCAGACGACGUCGACGUACCCGUGCAGCGACCUCUACGUGGGUGCUUCUUCGAUGUCGGAGCCUGAGACGCAAGCACUCGCGGCUUUACUGACCGAGGCCCCUGUGAAGUUGCACCUGGACAUCCACUCUCACGGAGCGAUGAUUCUGGGACCCUGGGCCUAUACGAACGCUGAUCACCCUGACAAGACCACGAUCGACGCAAUUGGAAUGGCGAUGUAUACUGCUAUAAAGAGCGUCAAUGGCCAAGACUACAUCUACGGCACCGGCGACGCGGGUGGAUCGCUCUACCUCUGUUCUGGCGUUGCGCCAGAUUUUUCUACCGACUUAGGUGCUUAUGGAUACACGAUUGAGCUACCACCUGCUGGUUGGCAGGGCAGUGCUGGUUUCCAGCCUGACACAUCUGAGAUCCUCCCAGCGUGCACGGAGAUCUUCGAGGCCGUUCAAGUGAUGGUGGCGUGGUUCAAGGUGAAGGUGGGCGUGGAGAAGGGUCUCGCAGUUAGUAGCGGCCUCGGCAAGGAUAACGUGGGCAUGGUCGAGGCGACCCUGUCGCUCGUAACGUCAAGGCGUCUCAGCACCGCCAGCCGCCAGCUCUCCGGCUUCUCCGUCCAGGUUCAGUUCGAAAUCAUCAUCCCGUCAGAGGCUUCGCAAUCGAUCGACGCUUACGACGUGGCGGACUCGCUCUCUUCGGCGGACGAGGACAGCCUGAGCACCGCGCUGUCGGACGCCAUCGCAUCGGUCGCCGACGCGGCGUACCACGUCGAAGUCGCCGAGUUGCCGAGCGUGGAGCUGAUCGUGACACCAGUGCCAGCGCCAACGCCGCUGGCACCAACGCCAGCUUUUGUGUCUACAGCUCACCGCCCCCUGCGCGCCCUGGCGCGCGCCUCGGCCGAUCUCAGGCACGGCAGGCGCGCGAGGGGCAACACGGUGGCCCAGCGUUCCACCGCGGCGAUGCUGCCGGCGGCCCUGGCGAUCUGCGGCGCCGUGGCGGCGCUCCGCACCGUGUCCAGCCUCGCCUUUGUGCCGGGGGCGCGUUCCGCCCGGUCGAUGUCCGUGGCGCUGCGCGCCUCGGAGACGCGGCGCGGAGGACUGACCUGGCUUGACGCAGGAGCCGGCUUCGCGCACAAGGCCUGGUGCCAGGGGCGCCAGGGCCUGCUGCAGGCGGUCCUGGCCACGGUGGCGGUCGCCUUUGUGGCCCAGGACGUCUGCGCGGGCCGCGCUCGGCGGCAGGCGCCGGUGGACGUCAAGGCGAGCCUGCAGACCCUCCAGGACGACGCGCCGGUCGACUGGGAGCGCUGGCGGGGCACCGUGCCUCGCACGUGUGCCCCCGCCUUCACCUACACGGUGCCCGCGGGGCCCGCGCUUCGCGCCAGCGAGGCGUACAAGCACUGCGCACCCCUGCUGGACGGCUCAGGCUACGUCGGCCUGACUCCAGAGCUGAUGAGGUACAAUGCGGACACGCUGACGCUGGAAGGCUGGAGCGUGCCAGACUGCGGCCUGCAGUUCGGGGACCAGCUGGCCGGCAUCAUGUUCUCCAACGGGCCCGACCGGCGGCUGGACGCGUGGCUCACUUACGACGCCCUCGGCGGCAACGCCACCGCCACGGAGAAGACGGCCUGGUUCAGGUCCAGCUCCGUCACGCUCGGCGGCCUCGACGGGAACUGGCGCGGCAUCAACCAGAGCGGCGAGCUGUCCAUGAAGAUUCACCUUGCGGACAACUACAUCGAGCUCGGCAACGGUCAGCAGUUGGCCAUCGUCAGCCAUAACGAAACUCACAUUGUGAGCGAGGCGCGCGACGGCAUGCUGGCCACGGGGAGGCUGGUGGGGGACCAGCUGCACUGGGACAUCUGCGAGGAAUCCGACUGCGAGCUGGAGCGCAUGCCGGAGUACUUCGGACAGCUGACGGGUCUGCGCCAGCGGGCCGAAGAGGCGGGCAGCGGCGCGGGGCGAGCGCCGUGGGGCUCUUCUCCUCGGCUAUAGGGCGCGGCGGCCGCCCUGUGGACGUGCAGGGCGCGGGCGUCACCACAGUCGAGCACCUGAUGGAGGAGCCUCCUCCCGAACAGCUGGGCCACCGUUUCGCAACCGGCGUGCCGGAGAGCUGGCCCAGUGUCCUGAGCACGUUCGCCCCUCCAGCGUGGACGGCAGAGUGUUGGCCCAGGUCCGUCUCGAGCAACUUUGGGAAGCUGGCCCAGGUCUCUAAACUGAUAUUUUUCUUGAUCAUAUUUUCGGUUGGCUCGGAUGCAACUCCGGUGUGGUCAUCUUCUGACUUCGCCCUGGUCCGGAAU